ACCUAACCAACCUUUCCUUUAAAACCCUAUUUUUUCUUGUAACUUUAUAUUUUUAUUAUUUUUUCUUCUUGAUUUUCCUUUCAUUUCCAGUUUCCCAAUACCCACCAAACUUUAAGCUUAAUACCCCUCCUCCCAAAUUCUCCAUCUUUGCCCUCUGCCUACAAAUUUGCAAGCUUUACCUGUAAUUCAUCUCUUAUAUUCUACAGUUAUAAAAUUCAAAACUUGGGGUGAACCAAGGAGUUGUUCUAAUUUUCAAUGGAAGGCAGUGGUGUUGGUGGUUCUGAAAGUGGGUCUAUGUCUACAGUUUCAAGGGAGGACAACAUGGUGGUGUCCUCAGUGGAUUCUUCUUGCCCUGAUGAGUCUGAGUUGGAGUUGGGUCUUGGUUUGAGCCUUGGUGGUUUUAAGACCCACCAAGUUUCGAAAGGUGCUCAAUUUGCUAGGAUUUUGACUUCUAAGGAUUUCCCUUCUGUGAUUCCUGAUGCUUCUCCAUCGUCUUCUUCAUCAUCUUCUUCAUCUUCUUUAACUAGAGCUAAUGUCACUGCUGGGACCAAGAGGACUGCUGAUUCUGUGGCUGCUGCUAAUGGCUCUAGUCAAGUCAUGGGGUGGCCUCCUAUCAGAGCUUAUAGGAUGAAUAGUAUGGUUAGCCAAGCAAAAUAUCUGGCCGCUGAAGGAUUUAACUCAACAAUGGAGAACCAUAAAAGUGAAACCUCUAUGGUUGAGAAGAGUACUGCUGGCUUCGACAGAUACCAGAAUAACAGCAGCAUUAAACUCAGAAAAUCCUUGUUUGUGAAGGUGAAUAUGGAUGGAAUCCCGAUUGGAAGAAAGGUUGAUUUGAAUGCACAUGAAUCCUACGAAAAAUUAGUGAAAACUUUGGAAGAUAUGUUUCUGAAAACCACCCCAAGCAUCAAUCCAGCUGGAUCAACGACUCUAGAGCUUGGUAUGAUGAAAAAAAUAACAAGACCUUCCAAACUGCUGGAUGGAUCAUCUGAUUUUGUGCUUACUUACGAGGACAAGGAGGGUGAUUGGAUGCUUGUCGGAGAUGUUCCUUGGGAGAUGUUCCUUAGCUCUGUCAAGAGGCUUAGAAUCAUGAGGACAUCCGAGGCUACCGGAUUGGCACCACGGUUGGAAGAGAGGAAUCACAGACAAAGAAGUAAACACAUCUAGAAUGUUGAAUAUUGUUCUCUCAAGCAAUAUGGCAACACAUGAAACAAAAAAGGGAAGUACAGAAUAGUCGAAGCACUUCGACGGAGUAAAGUUCGAACUCCAAAGAAUCUCAGGUUUGUUUCUGGUUACUGUAUUAUUUUGUUACAUGUUUUCCUUCGAUCUUUCGAUUACAGUCUCAAGUAAUAGUUACCAUACUUACUGAAAGGCACCAAUGUAUCAGUUUUCAAUGCAAUAUUAUAUACAAAAGUACCUAGUAAAGUGAUGUAUUUUUUUGUUGUUGCUGUAAA